GACAGUCUUCGCUGAGAGUGGAACAAGUAAAGUUCAAUCUCCAUGCUGUUCACAUUUACUUUGCUGGGCGUGGCCCUAGCUCUGGCCUACAAUUACUACCGCAAUACCUAUAGCUACUGGGAACGGAAAGGAGUGCCAAAUGAACGCCCUCUGCCACUGAUAGGAAAUGUGAAAGGAUUAGGAUCCAAGUACCAUUUUCGUGACAUUAACCAAAGGAUCUACGACAAGUUCAAGGGACGCGCGCCUUUGGCUGGAAUGUUCACUUUCUUCAAGCGGACUGCACUCAUCAUUGAUCUGGAUUUGGUCAAGCAAGUGCUGAUCAAGGACUUCAAUAUCUUUCAAGAUCGUGGAUUGUUUAGUAAUGUGAAAGAUGAUCCGUUGACGGCUCACCUACUGACUCUGGAGGGCGACGAGUGGCGUUCAAUGAGGCAAAAGAUGACGCCGGUUUUUACCUCCGGAAAGAUGAAGCAAAUGUCCGGAGUGAUCGUUGAGGUUGGCCAUCGACUGGCCGACGCCAUGGACAAGGCCGUGAGUGCUGCUGCUGUGGAUAAUGGCGAUGUGGAGCUCAAGGAUAUUUGUGCCAGGUUCACGACAGAUGUAAUAGGCACAUGUGCCUUUGGGCUGGAGUGCCACAGUUUGAGCGAUCCCAAUGCCGAGUUCCGCGCAAAGGGCAGGAUGAUCUUUGAGCAACCUCGCCACUCACCGUUGGUGCAAUUUUUCGUCUUUACCAAUGCCAAAUUGGCGGCAAAACUACGCAUGAAACUGUUACCCGACGAGUUGUCGGAGUUCUUUAUGAAUGCUGUAAGAAACACCGUAGACUAUCGCCUGAAGAAUGACAUCAAGCGAAACGAUUUUCUCGACGAGUUGAUUCAGUUGCGAGCCGAGAACGAGGAGGCCGCCAAGCAAGGAAAGGCAAUUGAUCUGUCCAGUGGCUUGACCCUCGAGCAAAUGGCUGCCCAGGCUUUCGUAUUCUUCACAGCAGGUUUCGAAACUUCAUCGAGCACAAUGUCCUACUGUUUGUACGAACUGGCGCUGCAUCCCGAUAUCCAACGGCGUGUGAGAGAGGAAAUCGAAGCUGUGCUCAAGACUACGGAAGGAGGCGAGAUAACAUAUGAUGCAUUAGUAGAGAUGCACUAUCUAGACAAGGUCUUAGCAGAAACUCUGCGGAAACAUCCCAUUAUUCCUCAACUGAUACGAGAGGCCAAUCAGAACUACAAAUUGCCCCACACGGACAUCAUCAUUGACAAGGGCACAACCGUACUAAUACCUGUGCACAACAUUCAUCACGAUCCUGAAAUUUAUCCGAAACCCGAACUGUUCGAUCCGAGUCGCUUCGAGGCGGAUCAAGUGAAGGCACGCCAUCCGAUGGCCUAUUUGCCUUUUGGGGACGGACAACGUAACUGCAUAGGCUUGAGAUUUGGAAAGCUUCAGGCCAAGAUUGGCCUGGUGUCACUGCUGCGAAGGUUCCAGUUUGGCGUCUCUAAACGCACCGAAAUUCUCUUGAUUCUGGACACUCGCGGUUUUCCUCUAGCCACAAAGAAUGGCAUUCACCUGAAAGUGGAGCGUAUCUGAGUUUUGGGAUUAUUU